AUAUGUCGGCUACUGGACGACAAGAGCGUUUAUACAUACGUCUGGAAUGACAAGGCUGCUUCGCCAUAUCUUCACGGUACUGACAAACUCUGGCUAAGCUUCGAAGAUGUCCGUAGUGUGAAGGCAAAGGCAAAUUACGCCAAGGAACUGAACAUUGCCGGGGUGAUGGUCUACCAUAUUGGUAGGAACUUUUAG